GUUUACUUUAAUAUUAAUUGAGUUUUAUCUAGCAUAAGAAAAAGCUAUAUUGUGAACUAUAAAAAACAGAUGUUGGAAUGGAGAAAGAUAUGUACCUGGAAUAAUCAUGAAUACUAAAUGGUUUUAGUAAUAUUUUAGCAGAAGAAGAAAAAAGCCUUGCAAAAUGAGGUUGAAUAUCGAUGGGUUGUUGGUCCUUUUUCCCUAUGACUAUAUAUAUCCAGAACAGUAUUCAUAUAUGUUGGAGUUGAAACGCACUCUGGAUGCCAAGGGUCACUGCCUUUUGGAAAUGCCCUCUGGCACUGGUAAAACUGUAUCACUGCUUUCGUUGAUUGUAGCAUAUCUAAAAUACAAACCUCAACUUCUCAGCAAAUUAAUAUAUUGCUCAAGGACUGUUCCUGAAAUUGAAAAAGUCUUAGAAGAACUGAAGCAGCUAAUGGAAUACUAUAAAAAGGAAACCGGAGAAGACUUGAAUUUUCUUGGACUUGCUCUGAGCUCUAGGAAAAAUCUUUGCAUUCAUCCUGAAAUUGGGGUUGAGACUAAUGGUAAAAAGGUGGAUGGAAUGUGUCAUGCACUAACUGCUUCAUUUGUCCGUGCAAAACAUCAAAAAAAUCCAGAAGUUCCAAUUUGCCACUUUUACGAGGAUUUUGAUGCAGAGGGUAGAGAAGAAACAAUGCCAACAGGAAUUUUUAAUUUGGAAGAUCUGAAAAACCAUGGUCGAAAGAGAGGCUGGUGUCCGUAUUUUUUUGCCAGAUAUGCUAUUCAAAGAGCAAACAUUAUCGUAUACAGUUAUCACUAUUUACUUGACCCAAAGAUUGCCGACCUUGUUUCUAAAGAGUUUCCAUCAUCUUGUGUGGUUGUAUUUGACGAAGCACAUAAUAUAGAUAAUGUUUGCAUUGAAUCCAUGACAGUUCACAUAAAUAGAAGGACAUUGGACAAAUGUCAUGCAAAUAUCGACAAAUUGGCUGAUAACAUUAACAAACUGAAAGGUAGUAAUUCAGACAGAUUGAUAGGAGAAUAUGAAAGGCUUGUCCAGGGAUUGCGUGAUGCACAAAUAGCUCGUGAAACAGAUAUGCAGCUUUCAAAUCCAGUUCUUCCAGACGAUAUUUUGCAAGAGGCAGUGCCUGGUAACAUCCGCAAAGCUGAACAUUUUGUUGCCUUCAUGAGAAGGUUUGUUGAAUAUCUCAAGACGCGACUUCGAAUACAACAUGUCGUGUCGGAAAGUCCGUUAUCGUUCCUACAGCAUAUUAAUUCUCAAGUUUGCAUUGACAGGAAACCACUGCAGUUUUGUGCAGAAAGAAUUCGUUCACUUUUACACACACUUGAACUGCCAGACAUUACUGAUUAUGGCAGCCUGACGCUUGUGGCACACUUUGCCACUUUGGUCAGUACGUAUUCAAAAGGAUUCGUUGUCAUCAUUGAACCUUUUGAUGACCAGACACCGACUAUACCCAACCCUAUUCUUCAUUUUUGUUGUUUAGACGCGUCAAUAGCAGUGAAGCCAGUGUUUGAUCGUUUUCAAUCUGUCGUCAUCACAUCUGGUACUCUAUCACCCGUGGAUAUGUACCCUAAACUACUUGACUUUCGUCCAGUCAACAUGUCAACGUUUACAAUGACAUUGUCACGUCAAUGUGUCAUGCCUAUGAUAUGCAGUAAAGGCAACGAUCAAGUGGCAAUCAGCUCUAAAUUUGAAACAAGAGAGGACAUGGCUGUGAUUCGUAACUACGGCAACCUACUUGUUGAAAUGUCGGCGUCCGUUCCUGACGGUGUCGUGUGUUUUUUUGUCAGUUACUUGUAUAUGGAGAACGUCAUUUCCAUAUGGCAUGAUCAGGGCAUUAUUGGAAGUAUCCAAAAAAACAAAUUGCUUUUCAUUGAAACUCAAGAUGGCGCAGAAACGGCGUUGGCUUUGUACAACUAUCAAAAGGCGUGUGAAAAUGGCAGAGGAGCUAUCCUUCUGUCUGUGGCCAGAGGAAAGGUUUCGGAGGGAAUUGAUUUUGAUCAUCACCUUGGUCGGGCGGUAAUCAUGUUUGGUAUUCCUUAUGUUUAUACACAAAGUAGAAUAUUGAAGGCUCGACUGGAGUAUUUAAGGGACCAAUUUAAUAUUCGUGAAAAUGACUUUCUCACAUUUGAUGCAAUGAGACAUGCAGCUCAAUGUGUUGGUCGUGCUAUCAGAGGUAAAACAGAUUAUGGUAUCAUGGUAUUCGCAGACAAGAGAUACUCUAAAGCUGACAAAAAAGGAAAGCUACCUAAAUGGAUCCAGGAGCAUUUAAAGGAUGCAAAUUGCAAUUUGUCUAUAGAUGAAGCUAUCCAGGUUUCAAAGAGAUUUCUUCGGCAAAUGGCGCAACCUUUCACAAGGCAAGAUCAACUAGGUUUGUCACUACUUACAAUGGAGCAAGUUGAAUCGGAAGAAUUUCGCGCCAAGAUAAAAGAUGCAGCGCAAGCAUAACGAUCUCCUCAUGGCGGGAAAAACUAACCGCUGGUUCAUCGCUUGCUGUGUCAGAACAUCUAUAUUGACAGUUCAACUUUGAAGCUUGUUUACAUGUUUUUUAAAUAUGACCGAUAGCGAAAACUAUCUAAAGAAAGUGUAUAUAUAUUUAGCAGAUAUAAUUUUUUCAAAAACACAAAAUAUAAACGAAAAUAAAACUUUCCUUGUUAAGAAAAAGCAAGAUCGUUGUUAGUCAAUGAAUUGUGAAGAAAAUUUAUUUACGUUUAUUUAUCACGUUUACACUUUAUCAGUUCUUUAACCAGAUUGUCUUUAUGCAGCAAUUUCAUGCGGAAAUGUUUAUCCGCAAUUUAUUCACGAAAUAACAGGAUUAGAUUUUAUUCAAACUAGCGUGUUUAAAGUUUGAAAGUACUAGAUGUUGGAAUUUUGCAUGAAAAUUUCGCGGCAAAUUAUUUGCAAUUUUGCGAAGGUUUUUUAAAAUUUCA